CACUUACUAGCUAGGCCUGCUGCAGGCAUGUGCGGGGGUGCUUGGCUAUAGCUGAGGCUCCGCCAGCGGUCAACUGAUUCCAACUGGCAUAUGCCAGAUACCGAAGGGAACCCCUCACAGAUGCCACCGUUAAAUUGGAAUUGGAGCAGACCUUAACUUCUCACGAUCGUUCUGCUGGAGACAUUAUGGGUGGAGCGGCCUUUGAAGUUUCGUCAAUGGAUUAUAUAUCCUGCUUCUAUGUGCAAUAACAUUGCUUCGUGAAAUGUUGGAAAUCGUCGCUCCUCAGAGCAAGGAGAGUCCCUCAGACACGGAGAAGACUGCCAUAACCCUUCGUGACUACGAAGAGAAGUUGGACUCACCUUCAAGUUUCCAAUUUAUCAACACAGACGAUCCAUUUCCGGAGUCUCCUGAUGAUCAUAUAGAGGACCAGCAACUGACUGUUCGGGCUGUACUAGUUGGCUGCAUUUUGGGAGGUGUCAUCUCUGCUAGCAACAUUUACAUCGGUCUUAAAACCGGAUUAGCGAUUAGCUCAUCGCUCUUCGGCGCAAUCUUGGGCUUCGCAAUUUUGAAACCACUCUCAAGAAGUGCACCCACUUUCCUCGGCGGGGGCUAUUUUGGGCCGAAAGAAAACAAUAUCUGUCAAUCGGCCGCUACGUCAGCCGGAAGCAUUGGAUUGAUUUUCGUCUCAGGUUUCCCCGCCGCGUACCAGCUUGGACUCUUGAGCGCUCAACCAAAGGACGACAUUGGCAGACUAUUCACUUUCACCAUUUGUUGCGCCUUCUUUGGUUUGAGCUUCACUCAACCGCUGAGGAAAUUCUACAUCCUGAAGUUGAAGCUCGUAUUUCCCCUCGGCGUGGCUGCUGCCCAAACGAUCCAAUCUUUGCAUGUCGGCAAGGGUGCAGAGGCAAUCGCGGGGAGGAAAACCAGGGCGCUGAUCUAUGCCUUCAUCGGUGCCACUCUUUUGCGGAUAAUCAGCGAGUAUGCUCCGGGACUACUCUGGGACUGGCACAUUUUCUACGCUAUGAAUAGAAUCGGGUUAACUUCAGCGAUCGCUGCUGAAAGCUGGGGAUGGAUUUGGGAGUGGACACCCGCUUUCGUUGGCGUAGGGAUGGUCACAGGUGCCAAUGCAUCGUAUAGCAUUCUCGGUGGAAGUUUUCUUGCUUGGGCCAUCAUAGGUCCUGUAAUUGUCGCACAAGGACUGGCUGUCGGGGUUGUUGCCGACCCAGCGAUACCUGGAUACAUGAGUUAUAUGAGCAUGAAUCUUGCAGAUCCCAUCCAUCAUCCCUCUCCUAGAUACUGGAUGCUCUGGCCAGGCACACUGAUACUUGUCUGCGCAAGUUUGGCUGAAGUGGGCUGUAAUUGGAAGUCAUUUUACCUUGGAAUGCGCUCUGCACUUGGACCGCUUUUGCAGUGGUUCUCACAGACUACCGUGGAGGACGAUAAUGUUGUGGAUCCUGUUCCCGAGCACGAACGUGUCCCCCUCUGGGCCUGGAGUUCUCUACUUGUCAUCAGUGUGAUCGUUACGUGCAUCGUCAUGAAUGUGCAGUUCGGACAGAACGUCGGCGUCACUCUCCUUGCGAUCAUCUUCGCUUUCUUAUUCAGCCUCAUGGGCUGCGAAAGCGAGGGUCGGACGAGCAUGAAUAUUGUCACCUCAGCUGGUAAUGCUUCACAACUGAUAUUUGGAGGUCUGGCGUCGGGUCAGAAUUAUCCCAUCAAACGAGGCCAGCUCCUGAACUUGCUUACUGGAAUGUUGACGCUAGGCAAGUACAAUGAAUCGUUUAAGGCAUGACAAGCUGAUAAAACACCGUGAAUCAAACAGGUGCUUCAGAACAAGGUCUCACAAUUUUCUUAUUAAGACACAGAAUAUCUGUUGAUACUGCAAUUAGCCGGACAUAUGGUCCAGGACCUGAAGACCACGCACCUUCUCCGAUCGUCUCCCAGGGCUGUAUUCGUUGCUCAACUCCU